CGAUGGUGCACAUUCAGUGGACGACCAACGUACAGUCAACUCCUACCCCUCCGCCACACCGUCCAAAGUCUCCGCUCUCAAUUCGAAGCGACCCACAAGGGACAUUGACCGCGUGAGGGCUGUUAAAAACGCCCCGCUGCGUGUGCAGUCCGUUCGCAUUGUAGAGUAGAGAAUGAAGCUCGGACCGAAAAGACGCACCGAAAGCUGCAGCAUAUUUGGCAAUACGAGCAGUUAUACCGAAGAAGGCAAGACAAUAUCAGAGCCACGGCCACUUAACAAUCAAACUUAUGCUGCUUUCAAGAGUGCCAAUGUUAUUAAGGUCCAUCUUCAUUCAAAUUCAUUCAAGCAACACUCACUGGAGCGUUUGUAUCUAACGUAUCGUCAGCGUCAAAAGUCACUGAUCAUUGUCAAUCUGGUUGACAUUAUGCUUAAAGUGACGCUCGCAAUUGUUUGGUUCAGUAGAGAGAGUAGCAACGCGAUAACUAGGAGGGUUGAAAUCAUGGGUAAGGUCACGUGGAACACUUCGUCAGCUCAUAAUUUUUGA